AUGGGACGGAUGGAGAGUGUUUGGGGGAUGGAUUGCAACGAGUUUAGGCCGGAGAGGUGGUUGGAAGAGGAGAAUGGUGGUGGAACGGUGGUGUAUAGGCCGGAAAAUCCAUUUAAAUAUCCGGUGUUUCAUGGUGGAGCAAGAGUGUGUUUAGGGAAAGAAAUGGCGUAUACGCAAAUGAAGCUGGUGGCGGCAACGAUUAUGGAGGUGUUUGAGGUGGAGUUGGAGGUGGUGGAGAAGAAGGUGCCGGAGCAUGUGUUGUCGUUGACGAUGAGGAUGAAGGAUGGGUUGAAGGUGAGGGUUAGGAAAAGAUGA